AAGACCAUAAUCAUCCAAAUAAGGAUCAGUUAUUUCACUACUUUCACUCACCUUCCUCGGAGUCAUGGCAAAGUACUGAAACAUUUUCCUAAGAACCGAACCAUGGCAUUAACAGCGUUCGGUUCUGCGAUCACCAACACUUUGUUUCUCACUCAUCUCCCAACAUCACCUCGUACUAGUUUUAUGUUCACUACCUCAACUCUCAGCUAUGGUCACACUCUCUUCUAUUCUCACCAAAGAUCUUCUGUUGCCACUAUUGUUUGUUCUGCUUCCAAUAAACCAUCUAAUUCUCCUCAAAUUAGCUCUACAGCCAAGAUAAGGAGCGAGGUUCUAUCUCCCUUUCGAGCUGUUAGAAUGUUCUUUUACACCGCUUUUAUCGCAAGUGCUUCUCUUGGAACAUUCAUAGCAAUCACACAACUAAUUGGCGCAUUGUCUAAUCCAUCAAGAUCCUCCGAAGUUCCUGAGAUUCUCAAAGGUCUUGGAAUCGACAUUGGAGCAGUAUCUUUGUUUGCUUUCUUGUACUUAAGAGAUAACAAAGCGAAGAAUGCACAAGAGGCUCGGCUCUCUCGAGAGGAGUUUCUGUCGAAUCUUAAGCUCCGUGUGAACGAGAAGAAGAUCAUUCCUGUUAACUCGUUGAGAGGAAUUGCGCGACUUGUAAUCUGUGUUGGACCAGCUUCCUUCAUAACUGAGUCUUUUAAGCGCAGCGAGCCUUUUACAGAAAGUCUUUUGGAUAGAGGAGUGCUUGUUGUUCCCUUUGUAACGGAUGGGAAUUCGCCUGUUUUGGAGUUUGAGGAAACGGAGGAGACCGAGGAAGGGAAACAACCUGCCACCAGAAGGAAGCGACUAUGGCAGCUUACUCCAGCUAUCGUUUCCGAGUGGUCCGAGUGGCUAGAUGAACAAAAGAAGAUGGCAGGUGUUUCCUCUGAAUCUCCGGUGUAUCUAUCUCUACGCUUGGACGGUCGAGUUCGUGGAAGUGGCGUUGGAUAUCCUCCUUGGAAUGCUUUGGUUGCACAAUUACCACCAGUAAAGGGAAUCUGGACUGGCCUACUAGAUGGCAUGGAUGGUAGAGUUUAGAACAAGUGAAUUUCUAGGUUUUUUCUUUUCUUUUUCCUCAAGUUUUGUUUCCCUAUUGUAUAGUGGAUACUCUAUCAAACUUUUACACCUUGUUUUUGCCUUUGUCUUCUUAUGAGUUGAAUAUUUUCCAAUUUAAAUAAUAUGUAGAUAUUGUAGAUGACUAUUUGCUGAAAAAUACACCAUUAGUUUAA